GCCAUGAGCUGGACCUGCCCACGUUGCCAGCAACCUGUUUACUUUGCUGAAAAAGUGAGCUCCCUGGGCAAGAAUUGGCACCGCUUCUGCCUGAAAUGUGAGCGCUGCCACACUGUUCUGUCUCCUGGUGGCCAUGCAGAGCACAACGGGAGACCAUACUGCCAUAAACCAUGCUAUGGGGCUCUCUUUGGACCCAGAGGGGUGAACAUUGGUGGUGUAGGCUCCUAUCUCUACAAUCCUCCCACUCCCUCCCCUGCCAACAUCACUUCCCUCCCCCCCAGCAGCUUCAGCCCCCCCAGGCCAAGGACUGGCCUCCUCCAUGGCAAAAAAAGCCCACCCCACAUGAAGACAUUCACUGGGGAGACCUCACAGUGCCCCGGCUGUGGGGAACCAGUCUAUUUUGCUGAGAAGGUGAUGUCUUUGGGCAGAAACUGGCACCGACCCUGUUUAAGGUGCCAGCGUUGCCGGAAGACCCUGACUGCUGGGAGUCAUGCUGAGCAUGAUGGCGUCCCAUACUGCCACAUCCCCUGCUACGGCUACCUGUUUGGUCCCAAAGGUGUGAACAUUGGCGAUGUGGGCUGCUACAUCUAUGACCCAGUGGAGAUAAAACCCAAAUGAGGCGCUCACAAGAGAGGUCACCCUAACUCAGGCUUCCCACAUCCCCUCCAUGGUCCAAUGGGAGCUACAGAUUUCUCCAGUCCUGUGUGGUUGGGGGAAGGCGAGAUCCUAAGGGCCUGGGCCUAGGCUCCAUGGUAGGCCAGAUAAUCUAUACCUUCUCUGCAAAUUUUUCCCUUUUCCUUUCUUAUCUGGUUAGGGAACACAGGCCACCCCACUUUGAAUGGUGGUCUCCUGGCUUUCCUAUCCCUUUCCCCAAUAAAUUCUGGAACUUCAAGGUCAUCUUCAAACUUUUGUUUAUUGAGUCUAUGCCUCUGUGGCUUCUCCAAUAAAAUGUUGGCUCC